CGAGCAGAGGAAAAGAGAGAAUACAGAGAAAUUAUUAAUUUAAUAUAUUUUCGUUCUGAUUAAUCGCUUGGAGGGGGGAGGAGCGUUCAGUCUCCGUCACCAUGGCAAUCACUGCUCACCAUAAACACAGCGCGAGCCGGUUCGUCGUUCUAGUCACCAUCGCUGUCGCGUGAGAACGGUUCUUUCCGCAACAGCGCGCGAGUGUGUGUGCGGUAGUGAGGGGAAUGACUGCGCGCGACGUGUGUGUGUGAGAGAGAGACGGGACAGUUAAGCGCGUGGAGUCACUCGUCUCGCGUCCGUUCGGCGGAGGAGGCGCGGCGCGCACGAACCGGUUCUGUGAGGGUCUCACGCGCUACUGCUGCUGCUCGCCUCGCGCUCGUGCACACCGUCUCUAGGGUGAAAAAACAAGAAGAGGAAAAACCUCGCAAAAGUGUCGCGUCGCGUCGGUAGGUCUGUUGCGCAUUAUUUCAGCAGGGUAGCACGCGGGGAAAAUUCCUCAGCCGGGAGCGCGCGCGCGAUGUAAAAAAUGUGCGAGGUGGAGGAGCUCGAGACACCGGCAAAGCACGGCGGCACGGGUACUGAGUGACCAGGCCACAGCAGAGUUUUAGGCUCGCGCUAACCACAAACAGGCGCGCGACCGUUUGGGAACUAAUUCUACACAGCUGGAACGGUGGACAAUUCUGACACGGGCACACACACGCGCGCGCACACAUCACUGCAGAAUCUGAAACACAAACGACGAGACGGACUUGCAGCCGCACACGCACGCGCGCGCGCAUAAACUCCUGCGUUCCUCCGUGUACGUGUAUGUGAACGGCGGUCAGGAUGCAGGUGUCCUUUGCGUGCACGGAGCACAACUUGAAGAGCAGGAGCGAGGAUCGCUUGUGCGGGCUGCGCGCGGCCCCGCCACCGGGGGGCAGCAGCGGGGGCGGGGGAGGGGCUGGGGGCGGCGGAGGCGGUGGGGGAGGGGUGGAGCGGAGCAGCGUACAGGUCAGUAAUGGAAAUUACGCCCCGCAGAACUCCGUCAAAAUCCGCGACAUUACGGGGUCACGAGGUGUGACGCAAGGCCACGCCCACAUGAAGGAGGCUUUUGGCCGACACAGCAACAUGAAGUACAGAAAUUUGGGGAAAUCAGGUCUUCGUGUGUCGUGUUUGGGCCUCGGGACGUGGGUGACGUUUGGGUCACAGAUUUCGGAUGAGAUGGCAGAGAACCUGAUGACUAUAGCGUAUGAAAACGGCGUGAACCUGUUUGACACGGCCGAGGUGUACGCUUCAGGCAGGGCUGAGAUCACUCUUGGUAAUAUUAUUAAGAAGAAAGGAUGGAGGAGAUCCAGUUUUGUAGUAACGACCAAAAUCUACUGGGGAGGACAGGCGGAGACAGAGAGAGGGCUGUCUAGGAAACACAUCAUCGAAGGUCUUCGAGGCUCGUUAUCAAGACUGCAGCUGGAUUACGUGGACAUCGUUUUUGCAAAUCGUAACGAUGUCAACAGUCCGAUGGAAGAGGUGGUGCGUGCGAUGACCUUUGUCAUAAACCAAGGCAUGGCCAUGUACUGGGGGACGUCCCGCUGGAGUGCGAUGGAGAUAAUGGAGGCGUACUCAGUGGCUCGGCAGUUCAAUCUGAUUCCCCCGGUGUGUGAACAAGCCGAGUAUCACUACUUCCAGAGGGACAAGGUGGAAGUGCAGCUCCCUGAACUCUACCACAAAAUCGGUGUGGGGGCGAUGACCUGGUCUCCGUUGGCGUGUGGUUUGAUCACCGGGAAAUACAGUGACGGAGUUCCAGAAUGUUCUAGAGCUGCAAUGAAAGGCUAUCAGUGGCUGAAGGAGCGUGUUCACAGUGAAGAAGGCCGCAGACAGUUGGCUAAGAUCAAAGAGCUCCACCUGCUGGCUGACCGUCUCGGCUGCACAGCCGCACAGCUCGCUAUCGCCUGGUGUUUGCGCAGUGAAGGUGUUAGUUCUGUUUUGUUAGGAGUCUCAAACACAGAUCAACUACUGGAGAACCUGGGAGCACUGAGGGUUCUCUCUCAGAUGACCCCUCAGACGGUGAGUGAGAUCGACGCUCUGCUGGGCAACAAGCCGCACUCCAAGAAAGAGUCUCGUGCAUGAGGACAGAGCCGAGAGACGAGGACGAGACAAGGACGAGACAAGAUCCGAGUGCGAGCGGGACGAACCGACGGCUUUCGCUCCCUCCCCUUCCUGUGUACUCCAUCUUCCUGCAUGGCUCCUGCGAACCACCGGGCUUCCAGAACGAUCCGAACCAAACCCACUCCUGACCUUUUAUAAAUGCUACAGACACGUCGUUACUUCGCUAACACAACAGGAGAGAUUUUACUCUUCAGAAGAAAAAACAAACAAACAAACAAAUAUUUAAAUAAGAGAGAACAUCAUGUCUUCCAGGUGAACACUUCAGGGAGGGGGAGUUGACAAAAAAAACUCACUUCCUUUUCCCAGGAUGCUUUUCCCAAGCUUUUGGUGCAUGUGUGUGUGUGUGUGUGUGUGUGUGUGUGUGUGUGUGUGUGUGUGUCGUUGCUGUUCACUGCCGAUGACGCAAAUUUACCACAAGCAGCAAAACACAACUUGUGUGUGUGUGUGUGUUCUCUCAUUAUCAUAGCCUGCAAUAGGAGUCACACAGAACCAGCUCUGUGUCAUUUAUUCAUCGGAAUCAUUUUUCCCGCCCGGAAGGACAAAUCGCCAUGGUGACCACUGUGUGUAACGGAGCGAAUGUACCACAUGAACUUAUCUCAUGAGUCUUCCUCCAUCGUGUCACUGAGGUCAACAAACUGUGCGCAUGGCCCUUUAAGACAAUCCCCACUCUUAGUGUGUGUGUGUGUGUGUGUGUGAGAGAGAGAGAGAGAGAGAAUGUGUGUGUGUGUGAGAAAGAGAGAGAGAGAGAGAGAGAGAGAGACAGAGAGACAGAGAGUGUGAGUGUGUGUGUGUGUGUGUGAGAGAGAGAGAGAGAGAGAGAGAGAGAGAAUGUGUGUGUGUGUGAGAAAGAGAGAGAGAGAGAGAGACAGAGAGACAGAGAGUGUGAGUGUGUGUGUGUGUGUGAGAGAGAGAGAGAGAGAGAGAGAGAGAGAGAGAGAGAGAGAGAAUGUGUGUGUGUGUGAGAAAGAGAGGGGGGGGGGGAGUGUGUGUGUGUGUGUGUGAGAGAGAGAGAGAGAGAGACAGACAGACAGAGUGUGAGUGUGUGUGAGAGAGAGAGAGUGUGUGUGUCCUGCUAGAAUUUUCUAACUGUAUCACUUGCACAAAGCAGAAAAGGUCAAAGGUCAGUGAGCCCAGAGGAAUCAGUAUAGACAUCAGAGGCAAUGAUAACAUGAAGAGAACGUCCAUCGAGCGUGUAUGUUUGUGUUUGUGUUUGUGUUUGUGUUUGUGUGUGGACACUGUUCAGUAUGAAGGCAUUAGAUGUGUUUCCAUCAGCUGCUGUGGAUUUUAGCUUUAGAUGAUUAGCUACGUCACUCACGGCCCAUGCUAGGUACAUCUGCUACUUAUUUCAUGGCGCUGUUAGCUAUUAGCUAGCCAUUUUUAUUUUCACUAUAUAAAAAAAAUACAUCCAACUGUUCUAUAAUCUGUAUAUUUUAACCGGAAAUGCUAGCUAGCUUUAACAAAUCUACACAAGUUGUUUAAUCAUUGAUAUUUUUGUGAACCGAUCUUCUAUAUUCUUACGAAUAUCUUCAUUCAUGCUAGACUUCUAACAAAAAAUGCUAGCUGCUAAAGCUCCAACAAACAGUUUUCUGUUCAUUUUUUUUGUUUUUGUGUGUGUUUCAAGCACACAGUGUUAUUCUCAGGAGUUAAAAGGGCGUGUGUUUUACCCAUAAUGCAAUGCAAGCAUGCAGCAAGAUUGCUAACAAAUUAAGUAAAUCCUACAGUUUCCUCAUGGCACAAUGCUAGCGUUCCUGUUUUUUUGUGUCAGGUGAAGAUGAUUAGCCCCUUCGCUAAACAGGCUACGACGCUGCAAAGUCACAGUGUCCUGUUUGAUUGAAUUUUAGAGUGAAUUGUAGUAACAGCUAGCGUUUGGGACAUGACACAUUUGCUACAUGAUUGUUUAUCUGUACGCUAGCUUUCACGCACAGGAUUAGCGUAUAAACUGUGCUGACGUUGGAUGGGAAACACACUGAGUUUGAGCACUGAGAUUUUAUUUAUGACUGUUAUGAUGAGGAUUUAGCUUUCAGGACACGUUCUGGAGCAUGUCUGUUUAUUAGCCGAGUGUGUGUGUGUGUGUGUGUGUGUGUGAGAAAGAAAGAGAGUCAAGCUUUAUUUAACGACAUUGGAGGAUCUGUUUUGCCAGCGAGAUCUCGGGAAGGUAAUCAGGAAGUGGUUUUUCGCACCCAGACGACAGGGUCUGGCUCUCUGUCACUCACUUUGAAGGCUUGCGAUGGAAUUUCAUUUGCUGAUUCACUCCACUCGACGUUCCCUCACGGACCACUGUGAUUUGGGACACAGCCACGAAUCUGCCUGGCAACAGCAGACACAGGGCAGCGUCUGGUGGUCUGCUGCUCGUCUCCUCUGCACUCCGUUUCCGUUCUAACGUGUUUGAUACUUUUGAAGUGAAUCAAGCGAUACGAUUCAUUCGAUUCAACCCCCUCGGAGUGACGAGUCAGCAGACCACCUCCAGUUCCUCAAGCUCACGGAUUCACAGUCACCAGGAAUAAUCUUGGCUUGGUGUGGAGGUGGAGAUGAUAAAUUCAAUUUUGAUGAAAAAAAAAAUCAAAAAUUCUAAUUUGUUCGUUCUUGAAAUGACUCUACUCAUUUGAAUCAACGAAUUGUGCAAAUCCUCCGCUCACAAGUUGUACCGUGUACAGCCCAGAUUCAAGAUGGCGGUCUUAUGGUGCACACCUGAGUUUUAGUUUAGAAUUUUAGUUCAUUAGCAGUUUAUAAAAGCAAUCAUGUCAUGACGAAGUGCUGAGUGAAGAUGAAUGAAUCAGUGAAUCAAACAAUCAAUGAAUGAAUCAAAAUCAGGCUUCGGAUGAAGAAGCUGAUUUUAAAUCCCGUGUUUCAGGGCAGUGAUACGAAUCCCUUUAUUUCUGAAUCCACGGCUCGAGAGGACGCCGUACUGUACGGACGCGUUCGUCAUUAACGUCUACGGUUUUAGAGAAAAUGUAAAUAUUAUACUGGAGCUGGACCUGAGAGAAAAUAUUUCCCAGCAACCGAAAUGCUUCGAAUAGUUUUUUUUUUUUCAUGUGAUGUAUUAUAGUUAGCAAGAUCUUAGUUAUAUGAAGCUGAAGAUCUGACCUGAGCAGUGUACAUACACGUUUAGAGCACAGAAACUCCUCCGUAACUCUGCCUGUGUCUGUAAUAUUUUAAUGUCUUGCACCAAAAAAAGAAAUGACUCUAAACCCUGUACCGAAUGUAUUCAUGCUUGCCUUUAAAAUGUCUGAAGAAACUCACUGCAAUGUUUUUAGGCUCUUUAAUCCAUCUCAGGU